UAAUAAACAGAUACCACAGACUCUAAUAACACAUUCCUACCAACACUUCUCUUAAACUUUUCGAUUUUUCUCUCUUUGUUGUUGCAUUCGUACGGGCAGUUCAAUCUUAUUCUCAUCAUUUAUAUCUGUUUAAUAUCCUUCUAUAAUGGCAUUUGAAUGUAUUCUUGUUAGUGGUGCAUCAGAGAUACUGGAAAAGCUAGAUUUUGUUCUUGCCAAUGAGAUUCGUCGAGAUUGGGGUGUCAAAAAUGAGCUGAAAAAACUUAAGCAAACACUGGACUUCAUCGUCCGAUGCAGAGAGGAAUCAGGUCAACGAUGCUGCAGUUUUAUUUUGGUUGAAAAGGCUUAAGGAAGCUGCUUAUGAUGCUGAUGAUGUUCUGGAUGAGUUUUCUUACGAAUCAAUGCGUCGAUCUGAUAAGAGCAGGAAUAAGGUAAAAGACUUUUUAUCAUCUUCCAACCCAGUUGUCUUUCGUUUUGAAAUGGUUCGCAAAAUCAAAUAUAUCAAUGAACAAUUGAACCAAAUUGCAACUGAUAUGCGAAAAUUUCUGUUUCAAACUACUAGUAGUACUAGCAGUAGUGGAUACGAGCAACAUGAUAAGCGGCUAACUACUCCAAUCUUUGUAGAUUAUAAAAUAUUUGUAGGAAGAGAGAAAGACAAAUCUGAGAUAGUAAGGAUGUUAACAACGACGAACGUAUCAUCGGCAAUAUCUUCACAAUCAUCUUUUGUAAACUCUAAUCAGUACGAAAAAGUCUCUGUCAUAUCCAUAGUAGGUAUGGGUGGGCUUGGAAAGACCUCUCUAGCACAAUCCAUCUACAAUGACGACUCAGUAGAAAACAUGUUCAUGAAAAGAAUGCGGAUUUGUGUUUCUGAUGACUUCAAUUUGUUUACAAUUUUAAGAAAUAUUAUGGAGUCUAUUACUGCAUUUAGAUGCCAAGAUAUCUCGGUUGAGGUGUUAGUAAAAAAUGUUACAGAAAAAUUGGAAGACACAAAAUAUUUGCUAGUUAUAGAUGACCUGUGGAAUGAAGAUCAGGAGGAAUGGGAUAAACUGAAGAGUAUCCUAGACGUCGGCGCUGCCGGUAGCAAAAUUUUAGUCACCACACGCAUCCAGAAGGUUGCAUCUGUAGUGGAAGGUUUAAUUCCUCCUUACUAUCUAGAUCUAUUAUCUGCGGCAGAGUGUUGGUCUAUUAUCAAGAGGAUUGCUUUUUCCCCUGGUGGAGCAUCUGAGACCUUAAAUAUGAAAACCAUAGGAGAGCAAAUAGCAAAAAAAUGUAAAGGUUUGCCACUUGCUGCACAUUUCUUUAGUCGUCUUAUGCGCUCACAGAACGAUGAAAGGGAUUGGUUGUCAAUCAGAGAUAACAAAAGUUUAGAAACAUCAGAAAAUCAUAGUGGCGGAAUCAUGCCGGUUCUGAAAUUGAGCUACGGUACUUUACCAUCUCGUGUGAAACAGUGUUUCGCAUAUUGUUGUUUAUUUCCCAAAGAUUGGGAAUUUAAUAGAGAAGCAUUGAUUCAAUUAUGGAUGGCUGAAGGAUUCAUUCAUCCUUGUCGUGGAGGAUAUGAAAACUCGUUGGAAGAUAUUGGUAAUGACUAUUUCCUUUGUUUGUUGUCUAGCUCGUUCUUCCAAGAUGUAAAAAAGGACGACUUGGGUGACAUUCAAACAUUCAAAAUGCAUGAUUUAGUUCACGAUCUUGCACUAAGUGUCGCUGGCAGUCAUGACGUCUCAGUUCUGAACGCAGGUGGAGUAAAAAGUUAUGUUUCUCAAGUUCGUCGUCUACAGUUGAUCGUGAAAAAAAAAGAAGAAGAAUAAGAAGAAGAAAUAGUUUCCGAUGCCUUGAAAAAUGCAGAGAAACUGCGGACAGUAUUUUGGCAAGAAGAGGGCUAUUUUUAUCCGAGUCUACUUGGUAACAAGCGUCUGCGUGUAAUACAUCGGCUCGGUGGUUAUAGUCUGAAGACAGUAUCUUCCCCUUUUGAGUUUAAACACCUGAGGUACCUUGACCUCAGUUAUUCUAAUAUUCAAGAUGUCCAUGCUCCAUCCAUCCGUCAGCUCUACCAUCUGCAGAUUUUGAAGUUUAAUCACGGCCAAAAUGUUCAUAAUGUUCUCAACGGAAUAGGUUCUAUGAGAAACUUAUGGCAUCUGGAUCUCUCUUAUUCAGACCCAAAAGUUCUACCUGAUUCUAUCGCUGGGCUCACCAAUUUGAAGACUUUAGAUAUCAGCUGUUGCCGUAAUCUUACUGUGUUACCGGAAAAUAUUGGGUCUCUCCAAAAUCUACUGCGUCUUGAUCUGGAAGGUACUGCGAUCGAGGUUCUGCCUGAAUCAUGCAUCAUCAAACUCUAUAAGUUGGGGAUAGUGAGACUAGGAUCCAAAUGUAAGCUUCCCACGGAGGUUACAUACUGGCACAAACUGAGACGGUUUACACAUAGUAGAGAUGAAGAUGAAAUGCCUAGAGGUAUAAAUGAAGCAACUCAGAUUCAAGAAUUACGGUCUUACUUGGUGAGGAAAGAACACGUCUCCUGGGUAACAAAUAAUUCUAGUGGGAUCGAAGAAUUAGCAAGCCUAAACUCUCUUCAGCUUCUAGUGAUAAAAAAUCUGGAGAAUGUGAAAGGUCAGAUAGACGCAGAAAGGGCAUGUCUGAAGGACAAGCAAUGCAUUAAGCUAUUGCAUCUUCACUGGAGCUCGUGUCGUUCAAAUGAUGAGGAUAGUAUGGUGCUGGAAGGUCUCCAGCCUCAUCCUAACUUGGAAGAACUGAAGAUACAAAGAUUUGAGGGUUCCAAGCUUCCGAAGUGGAUUGGUUCAUCUUAUUGCCUACCGAAUUUGGUGGAGCUGUGUUUAUUUUAAUGCAACCGUUGUGACAAGCUUCCAAACUUGGGUCUCCUCCCAUGUCUUAGUGUUCUUCGCAUAAAAGCAAUGAAUUCUGUCAAGCGUUUGGGUAAAGAAUUUUACAAUCAAGAAGAAGGAGAAAGCAGCAGCAGUAGCACGGGAAAUGGUCCAAUAUAUUUGUUCCCUUCUUUGAUUGAGUUGAACGUUGAUGGUAUGGAAAGUUUACUCGACUGGAAUCCUUCUCCUCCACCACCUUAUUACUCCUUCCCUUCACUGGAGAGUUUGAACAUCAAGAAGUGUCGAAGACUGAGAACGACACCACACUCGUUUCCUUGUCUUAAGUCAUUGAAGUUAGAAGAUAUCAACAACAAGGCAGUGAUAUCAAUUGUCACCAGUAUUCAAGGUCUCACCUCUCUCAUAUCCAUUUCUUAUCCCGGUUACCAGAGCAAUUUUACUCGCUGAUCACCGCCACCACCACCACUCAGGUCUCUGCACAUUGACAGGAUUCAUAAAACUAGUCAGGAGACGAGGAAAAGGUACAAACGAUGUUGUGUUUUUUUCGUAACUUGUUUUUGCUUCCUAUUGUACUUUAUACUAGGAUGUUCCAAACUAGUCGGAAUAGGUGUUCAAACUCUGGAGAUUCAAAUAACAGGAGUUUGGAAAGGGAGAGAAAGACGUAGCAUAUGAAGGUCGGAGUUUUGUGUUUGUGACACUCUUUUGCAAACUCAUAAUCAAGGCUGAAUGGAGUAGCUUAAUCACUUUUCAGACUCGUAAUCAAGGGGUGGGAACAUGGAAGGGAGCGGUUGGUUCCUGAUCGAUCACUUUUCAGACUCGUAAAGAAUUUUGCUUCAUCAGGUUUUUUAAUUCAUUCAUGACACCUUUUGGCUUCAACAUCUGUGGAGGAUGACUUCUACUCGCUGUGCACCAAUGGCAAAGCUCAAGCCUCUGCCUGGUAUUGGUGAUAUCCCAACAUGGCAAUAUGUCCGUCCAUCCCAUCUCUGUCAUGAUGGCCGGUGGAACCCUUUGCUAUCCACCUGAUUUCGAGAAUCUGACAUAAUUUUAGGGUUGUUGCUAUGUAGCUAUCUCUUCCUUUCCAUCAGUGUACCGUAAUAUUUGAUUCUCUCUGUACUUUCUUCAAAACGUUUCUACAUUAGUUCUCUACAGUAUCCCGGGAGCAUACUAUAAUCCUGGCUGAUAGGAGCCAAAUUGAGUUUUUCUGGAAUUUGCUUGCAGUCUUGUACAUGAUCCCAAAAGUAAAGUACACUAAUUCCUUUCCA